CGAAGGAUCAGAAGGAUUCUUCCGUAAGCACUCCAUUCCACCCUGUAUUCUUACCACUCAUCUCACAUCGAAUGACUGAUUGCUCUCAACAAUAAUAACAUCUCCCUCUAAUCUCACAUUCACUGAAAUGGUUUUCGUAUUGUCUGUGGGACGAGUAGACGAUGGACGAACAAGAGAAGAAGUUGAUGGAAAAGUACGGAAAGUUGCCUAUGAAGAAGAACAUGUUGAGCGGGAUGAAGGAACGUAAAUACUUUGAUUCUGGAGACUAUGCUAUGCAAAAGGCCGGAGUGGCUUCUCCCGAUUCGGUCGGUUCGCCAGGUGGUCUGGGGCAGGGUCUGAAGGGCAUGGAAGGGCUCGAGCGGGCUACUCCGGAGAGGCUACCGCACGCCCAGCCUCCUUCGCUCUCUUCCUCUCCUACCAACUCUACCAUCCUGUCUCCUCCUCCUCUCAGCAGCACGGGAUCAGGUUCGAUCCCCGUAGCGACCAGUCCUCCUCCUAUCGGUCUUCAAACACGUGGCCUUCCCAUCCCCGGAGGUAACGCCAGUCAGAUCAACCAUUCUGCCCAUGCCCCAAACACCAGUGCCCGAGCUCCUUCCCACUCGCCUUCCAGCAACCAAAGCUCUACGUUGGCUACCGGAACUGGAGGUGGCACUUCGCCUGGCGGACGACCGAACGCGGGAAGUCCUUCGCCUUCCGGAGGAUUGAGCCCGAGUACGAGCUUUGGAGCUGGGGUGGCCGCUGGGCAGGGACAUAGUUUCAGUGCCAAGCGAGAGGGAAGCGGAGCAGGAAAAGCUGGAACAACGGCCGUUGCAGGAGUGGGGAUCGAAACUAACCGAGCUUCAUCCCCCGUCGCCUCGCACUCACCUUUGAUGACGAGCGGUAGUGUCCCUCCCUCUUCCUUCCCUAUCAAUCACCAUCUCGCCGGAACCGGACCUCAAGCCAAUAACCCGGCUUCUCCCAGCAACCUGCGGGAUCAGAACCCGUUCGCAGGUGAUACUCCCGAACGACGGGCUUCGAUGAUCGCUAGCAGCCCGGUAAAGCCUAGUAACUUGAGCUUGGGGAUCCGACGGGCCGAGGAGAGCGCUGUGGACGAGUAGGAAGUGGUGCGGGAUGGCUGGAUAAUCCCUCUUCUAUUGUCCUUUUCUUUUGGAUCCGGGAUGACAUAGUUGCUAGCUUCUUUUCGCCUUUCAUUGUCGUUUUGUUGACCUUCAUUUUUAUGUCCGGGAAAUGACGUUGAGUCUGUAAAUGUACCAUACGACAGAAAUUCAUGAUAAUCCUCCUGUCAUUUCACCCAGCCUCAAUAGAAACCAAGCGUACUGGCAGCCGGCAGAAUUGCAGUCAUGCUGUCGUGCUGUUGUGGAAAAGACGCGACGACGCGAAGUG